UCGAUCGCGGCGCUUGGGAGUGAGACAACGGGGACAGCGCAUAAAUUGAAUUAAAUCGAAAUUCCCGACGAGAUGCUAAGGCUUCUGGGCUUAUGUUGGGCCUUCAGGUUUGCAUUGUCUAGCAACACAACCAGUCGGAGCACCCAGCUCUAUGUGCAGCCCCACCUCAGCAUCGGCAAGUGCCUGGACUAUUGCCACUUCAGAUUCAUUCCGUUCCUGCCCUGCAUCGACGACAUCCAGAGGAUUGCCAAUAGUCCGGCGGAGGCCUGUGGAAGAGGCUACUGUGAUGCAGAGCACUUUGAGCUCAACUACAAGACGGGCGAUGAAGUAGAGGUGGAGUCCCGCAGGAAUCACGUGGAGAGAACUAGAGUGGGGCGAUGGGCCAACUUGCGGGAGCUGUGCCUGGAUGAGAGGGGUUUCCCCGUGAGACGUAAAUGUGGGAUUCGCAAUGGAACCAGGGAGUGGGAGAGUCUCAGCAACGUCACCUGCCGAGGUGGACAGCAGCUGAGCUCAAAUCUAAACCGAUUAGCCGUGGAGAGUCCCCCGGAUAUGAUUAGCAGAUUAAGUGAUCUGCUGAGGCAGUCGCAAGAACCACUGCGACCCGUCGACAUCUUCAGCAUUGCGCAAAUCUUCGAGUCGCUUCUGGAGAAGCCGAAAAAGGAUCCCAAAGUAGUGUCCGAUCUGAUCGGAAUCUGCCUGCAGGUGAUGGCCACCGACAGGGAAACUCUGCGUAUCUCGGCCGAGCUGAAUGCCACCAACACCCUGCUGAGCAACUUUGAGGACUAUCUGGAUGCCCUGCCGCCGCAGUUGGUGCCCAAAGAGAGCUGCGACGUUGAAGCCAAGGACCAGAGUCACGUGAAGAACCAGAUUUUGAGUCAUGUGGGAGUCCACGCUCUUAUCAGCAACGAGCUCAGCGUGUUCUUUGUGAAUCCGGAGUGCGCCAAUGUGACGGGAAUCGCCAUUUACAACCUUCCUACUGAUCGAAAAGGUAACUCCACCUCCGGGUCCAAUGUGGAAGGAUUUGACUACAGUCCCUUGAGUUCAUCCGAGAGCCUGGAGAAUAUCAGGGCCAGAAAGGGGCUGCAAACUGCUGCCUUUCUACCAGAACAACUGUGGAGAGAGCUGAAGCAGAAGGGAGCCACGUUCCUGGUCUUCAAGGUCUACACGAGCGAUUCCCUCUUUGUGGAGACCGAGAGCCCAGUGCGAAUGCCGAGCAGUGCCGUCAUAUCGAUAUCCAUUCCCGGAAUGGAAGAUAAUUCCCUGCCGUCGAAGCUGCCGUUUUUCUUGCGAAAUGGCAACGAAAACUCCUCCCUGAUGGAAGGCGGAGGGUGUGGCUACUGGAACUAUGAGACCUGGCUGAGUGAUGGAAUUACCACCUGCAGUAGUAGCGACAGCUUGGACACCCCACUCGAUCCCGUCAUCCUCUGUCAUGCCGAUCACCUCACACAGUUCUCCUUUCUGCUGGGCAUCAGCAAGAUUCAGACUGGUGUGGACAACUACGAGGACGAUCGAACUCUGGACAUGAUUACCAAUGUGGGGCUGAGUCUGUCGCUGGUGGGACUGCUGGCCAUCUUCCUGACUGCGGCGCUCUUUAGAAGCUUCCGCAGAUUGGCCUCCACCAAGGUGCUGCUCAAUCUCUGCCUGGCAUUGGCUCUGCAGACGCUUUUCUUCAUGGACAUCGGCAAGGGGGAGCUGCUGCGGAGACUGCAGUUCUCAGAUCGAUGCCUGAUUGCGGGUGCCCUCAUGCAGUACUUCCUGCUGGUCGUCUUCAGUUGGAUGCUCAUCAUCGGCUUCCUGCAGUUCAAACGCUACGUGAAGGUCGUUGGCGUUACCUAUCCGCGCCAUUACAUUUUCAUGUCCGCCCUGGUCGCUUGGACCCUGCCGCUGGUGCCCACCUUGGCGCUGGUCAAACUCGAUCCCGCCUCGUACAGGCCUACCCAAGCGUCGCCCGAAAUGCCCCACACUGUCCUGUGCUACCCCAGCGGCCAUGGCCUGUACCUGGGCGUGGUUCUUCCCAUCGCUCUGGUAACUCUGGCCAACGCCCUAAUGGUCGGCUACAUCUCCUGCAGCGUCUAUUGCGCGCUGCAUACUCGAGGCAAGCACGUUCUACAACAGCUGAGGCUAUUUGUGCUGCUCUUUUUCCUGCUUGGCCUCACGUGGAUCUUCGGAUUCUGCAGCUACUUUCAGUGGGGCAGAGUCUUUUCCUACCUGUUCUGCCUGACGGCCACGCUGCAGGGAUUCGUGCUGUUUGUCUAUUUUAUCAUCCUCAACAAGGACAACCGCAGAGCAUGGUUUGGUUUAAUCUGCAACUUCAAGUCCAAGGAGGAGAUGGAUAUCGACGCACUGCGCACACAGGAGAAGUCCGCGCUUAGUCGCACCAGCCAAAUGUCAGUUCAAAGUUCAUCAACUAAUUAACACAAAUUAUAGUCCUAA